CCCAGGCCACGCCCCCACCGUGUCCAGGCCGGGCCAGGGGCAGCUCUCUGCAGGUGGACGCCGAUCUGGACGCUGACUCUCGGGACCGCCAUGCGCACCCUGGCGACACUCCUCGUCCUGGGCACUCUCCUCCUGUCGCCUGCCGACGCCCAGCAGGCCACAGAGCGACGCUUGAAGCCAUGGCUCACGGGGCUGGCUGCCGUAGUGGGGUUUCUGUUCAUCGUCUUCGUGCUCAUGUUGGCCAACCGCUUCUGGUGCUCCAAAACCAGAGCUGGGGAUGAAGAGGAGCAGGUUAUGAGAGCAGAAUCCAGGCAGAACCCAGAUCUGAGUCAAGAAGACAAGAAGGAGAGGCGAGAGGAGAAAAAGGCCCAGAAGAAAGGCGAGAGCAACUUAGGAUUGGAGCUGGAGGAGAUAGAGCCUCCAGAAGCGGAGAAAGAGAAGAAGACAGUCUUGUGAAGACACUCGCUGCCUGUCCACGCAGGCGCCCGUCCACGCCUCCUCUGUGCCCUGUAAGCAGCACCCUGGGCCUGGGCUUCUAAAUACAGUGUCUAAGGAGAGGUC